AGGGGGUUGGCUCCCAACUCCCAUGCAUAAACCAUGUACCCUAUAUAGGGUCCAUGCAUAAACCAAGGAAGAUUUCCCUAUUCACAAUAAAACAAUAGCAAUAACUUUCGCGUUGAUGAUAGACCUUUCCACCCUUUCCAAACGUUAUAAGUUAUAAACGUAAGUCUUCUGAAGUUUCUCCAAGAGGUUUGUCCAGCUACAUAUCUAGCAUCAUGGAUACCUCAUCACCAGAUGAUCCUUAUGAAACUGAUCUGGAUGAAGCCUAUGUCCGUUACUUUCAGCAGGAGGAUGGUUCACCAGUCGAUCCAGUUGGUCCUAGCUCUCCAAAAAGACCCAGGGUUACAGAGGAAGUACAGUGCAUUGACCCCACUGACCAACCAUCGACAUCAGGUCUGCAAUCUUCCAGAGGGCAGCGGGGAAGUCGCAGAAAGAGGAGAGGGCGUGGUCGUGGACAAUCCUGGAUAGUCGGUUUCCAAUCAGACACCUCAUCUUCGGUUCCCGAAGGAGAAACUACAAAUACAAGAGGAGCCAAGGGAAGAGGGAAAGGGAGAGACGAAUCCAGGGGGAGAGGUCGAGGUACCAGAAGUAGAGGUGGAGCAAGAGGGAGAGGAGGAGCUAAAGGGAGAGGAGCCAGAGGGAGAGGCGUGACCAGAAGUCGAAGCAGGGGAAGAGGCAGAGGUGGAGCUGGGGGCAGCGCAGGAGUUGCCUCCCGAGCAGAAGUAGAGGGAGACGUGGAAAGAAUUCAAGCGCUUCGUGAAGCGAGAAAACGUAAACUCAAAGAGGACAUAUCGAGGAUGUCUAGAGAUGAAAUUGAAUCAUUGCUCUAUAAAACAGUACAACGGAGACCAGGUAUGUUGUUUGAUCUUAUGAUGCAACCCCCCGAUGACAACAUCCCAAGUGGAGAGAAUGUGCCUUGGUGCAGUUGUGGCAGGUGUAUAGACAUGCCAACCGAUGCAGAAAGGUUAUGCUGCGGACGAAACCCCCAGGACUGCACCAGCCAACAUGCCGUCUUUGAACUGAUUAUUGAUGAGGCAGCCCUAUUGAUCCAAAGGGCAAUGUGGAUUGACUUGUAUAAUCUAGAAGAUGAUCCUCAGGAACCAGGAGAAGAAAACCGGGCCAUGAGACAUGCUGCCUACCGGAGUUUUGUAUUUUGGCAACAUGGACGAUUAGGACAAGGGAACAGACGGGUCAUCCCCAGCUGUUGUGUGACCAAGAUACGGUCUCUUUACCCUAGUUUAAAUGGAUUGUAUACUGGUUAUCUUCCUGGAAGAUUUGUGUAGCAUGAUUUUUACCUUCUAAUACAGACCAUUAUUUUUUCCUGUCACAGCCCUUUCUUUCCAUUCAAUUACUAUUAGCUGGUUUUGACUUUCUUCAUGUUCCUUUCAUUGUCAUAUUGAUUUUGGCGGUGUCUGCUCUCAUUGCAUAUUCUAGGGGAUGUAAGGAGAUAAGCCCCCAAUCACAAUCUGAAAACACAAUACAGGUGAUGGUGACAUGUUAUUUACUUCUGAGUAGGUUAUAUCCACAUUAUAGUUCAUACAGUAGAAUGUAGAGCAAGGAAAAUGCAUAUGAUAUGAACAAACUUUUUAAGUGAUGGUUAUCCUUUUCUGCCGUGUCACGGAAAUGCAUCCCGUUAUGGUUAUAUAAGAAAGGUGGACUGGUAAUGGUAUAGACAAAUAAAUCCCGAGAUUGGAGGUUAGCUUGUGUGAAAACAGAAAAUUUAAAGAAAUCUGUGUAAACUGAAUAUAAUAAACAAGUAAUAUGAAAGUUUAUUGACCAUUCAAUUUUUUUUUAUCACUAAUGCAUAGGUGGAUCCAGGGGGGCGGGGAGUCCCUUCACUAUUUCUUAUAUCAUUUCCUCUUUCAUUUUUUGUCCUGUACUCUGAUAUGAGAUAUAGUGGUAUAAAUUCGAAGACUGAUGUAUGGGUUUAACAGAUCCAGGUCCCAUUUCAUAAAGGUGUUGUAACUUUGCCUUUAUGGCAACUACCAUCUAAACCUGGAUUUUGUUUAACUGCUGAGCCCUGUUACCAUGGUAGUGAUCAUAAUGGCAGUUACAACAGUUGAAAGUCCUUUAUGAAAUGGGGCCUGGGUUUAUUAACACUAAUCUGCUGAAGUUGCCACAGUUAUUAAAACAGGUUGUAUUCAGUUGCAUUAUUCAAUGUUUACGCAUUCGUUCUCGCCCGAUGGACAAUAUAUUUUAUCAUAGGGUGUUUACAACAGCCUCAUAUGCAAUUCAAACUCCGGCAUAGAUAUAUAAAUCUCAUGAUCUCAUGUGUACUCCGUAUAAUUAACAGUCAUUCAAUCAUUCAGUUUCUAUUCAUUGAUAUCCUUUAAUACAUUAUUGUUAGAAAUAUAUUUUGAACAGUUCAAGGCAGUAAGUAGAUAAUGGCAGAAACAUCAUAUAGCAAGAUGUAUCUCACAAGCUGUGAAAUGCAUGUAAUACUUCGAUUAAAAUGAUAUAAAAAUACAAAGAUAUACCUUUUAUGACUUCUCCCUUUGUAUGUAUGGCAAUGGUGAAGAAGUGACUGAUAAAAAUCAUAACGGUGGUUUAUGCUGAUGGUGAUGUAGUGGUGUUCAUAGAAAGUAUGAUUGAAAUUGUCAUGAUUUGGUGAAAAAUUGAUGGUGCAAAAUUCCAACAGAAUGAAAAAAAACAUGAAAGAACAAAUGGCAAAAAAUUUACAAAAUAAUUUCAAAUGAAAAAAGUAUGGAUACACUUCCUCUGACCGUAAUUAUUACCAAAGCAUGCUAUGAUACCUGCAAAUACAUUUCUAAUAUGUUUCCUGUACAAAAUAACAAAACAUGGGCUUUAAUUGUAAUAAUCAAUAAUCCUUAUAGAAUGUUCAUUUCCAAAUGCAAAUCUCAAAACAGCUAAUAUUUACCAGUACAGGCCAUGAAGACUUGAUAAUUGCACUUACAUGGAGUACCCAAAAAUAUGUAAAAGAGGGUUGAUCAGAAAUCAUAUUUUCUUUCAGUUUAUCGUGGUAUGCGUCUUUGUUUCACUUACUUAGGAAUAACAAAGUUACAAUUCCUGAGGUGAAUUGGCAGUGUUUGUUUCAUUAUAUAUAGAAAUGCAAUAUUGACAUGACUGUGGAUGGCACAACCUGCCAAAUAUUGAAGAUAAAACAUCCAAAGAAUACAAACAAAAUUUUUAAAGUUUGAUUGCAUGCAUUCGAAUUCAUGCCACUAACAUCGUGGUAUAAUCAGUAAACUAGGAAAGGAAUAGCCCCUCAACAGUAAGGCAUCAGUACCUAAAGUGUUUGCACUGUGGUGUUUCAUGGCAGUAUAUCAUAGUCAUAGAUAUCAAAACCCAAAUUCAGGAAACUAUUUGUGUUUUUUACACACAUUUCAUCCAUUUUACUAUCUGCUUCUAGCCAAAUUCAAUACUAUUUUGCUAGGUUUUGUUCUCUGAUUAGAAUUAAUUUCAUGACAUAUAUGAGUGAAAUGUUACAAUUAUUAUGGAUAAAAAGAUGGAAAAGUGAAUGGAUGAAAUGUGAAUUCAUGAGGAAUUCACUAUCCAAAAUUGUUUACGAAAUUUGAUAUUAUUUAACACGUGUCUACAUGAACAUAAAAAUUUAUUAUAAAUUUGGAGUCAUGCCAAAAUCAGCAAAUUCAACAUAUAAGAUUUUACAAUAAACAAGGCAAUUUUUGCAAUCAUGCCGUUGAUAGCAAAAUGUGGCAAUUCUUAGUAAUACCGUUUAGUCAUUGACAUA